AUGAUAUUCACCUGACAAGUUUUCUGUGUUUGGGGAAAAAUUUUUACGAACAAGUAAACUUUAAGUAAAAAAAAUCAAAAGACGGCAAAAUGAAAAUCUGUGGUCCAAAAUUAUCCCUUUGUGGUUUGAUUAUCUCCGUAUGGGGAAUUGUUCAACUGGUGCUCAUGGGGCUCUUUUUCUAUAUUAAUAGUGUGGCCCUUAUUGAGGAUUUGCCCCUAGGAGAAGAGUACCAUACUCUCGAAGAAUUUUAUGCAGCUGCGAAUAGAGCGUACAAUCAGAACGCCUACAACUGCUGGAUCGCAGCUUGCAUUUACGUUUUAACAUUGUUGCUCUCUGCGCAGCAAUUCUACAUGAAUAGCAGAGUAACUGCUAAUUAAUUAUUUCAGUUUAAGAUUUCCAACUGGUACAACUGAUAUAUAAUUUACUGGUGUGUUCAUUAAAGUUUGCACUAAAAAAGUAUUGAAAUGUUCAAUUAAAGAUAUUUGUUAAACCCUUUACAAUUAUUGUUAAUAUUCGCUUACGUGAUGUCGUUGAAGUAUAAUCUGGAGCAUUUGCUGUAAUCCUCACACAAAAGUCCACAGAUAUAAAGUUUGCACAUGUAAUAUACUUAAUUGUUUUCGUUCAUAAAAUA